CGUGCUUUUAAUUUGUGUUUAUAGUUACGUUGGUUCACUUACAUAUAUGGGGGGAAAGAGUGAUUUGGUUACUCCCACUUGGGUAAUAAUGCUUGUUUUGUUUUUUGGCUCCACCAUCGCCGCCGCUGUUUCGCAGGUUGCCGCCCAAGAUCGGAUACGUAUCCAAUGUGGGUAUACUAGAUUUCCCAGGUUGUGUGUCCAGACGUUGUCCGGUUUGGUCUCCGCCGGCGACCACCACGACAAACGUGUUGAUUUUGCGGCUCUGCUUCUCAACAACACGAUAGCUCACGCCGAUCUCCAUAUUGCCCACUUUGACCAACUCAGCUCCCAUUUCGUUUCUUCACAUACGCCACAACCUAGACUACAGGCAAUAGGUUAUUGUGAGGAGUUGAUGGGAAUGUCUAGGCAGCGGCUGAAUCAAGCGCUGGUGGCGAUGAAAGAAUCUCCGGUGAAGAACAGACAGGACGACAUCCAAACGUUGCUGAGCGCCGCCGUGACGUUCCAACAAGCUUGCAAAGACUCGGCUGAUCAAUAUGCGUUUUCCGACGAAUUCUUUGCUGGGAUUUCCCGUAGCAUGGACUACCAGUCGCAACUAGCCAGCAACGCAUUGGCACUCGUCAACAGAAAUACCGAAAUUCCCGGCACCGCCGGACGUCAACUUUCGGAGGAGGAUCGUGAGCUGAGACUGCUCCAGACGACGACAAAAGCAAACGUUGUGGUGGCGAAAGACGGGACGGGGAACUUCAGAACGGUGGCGGAGGCCAUCCGGGCUGCAAGUGGGCGGCAACGGUUCGUGAUAUAUGUGAAGUCAGGAGUUUACAAGGAGAAAAUUCGGUGCAGUAAAGAUGGAAUCACGUUGAUCGGAGAUGGGAAAUAUUCUACCAUCAUUACCUGGGACGAUAGCGUCGGUGGUGGCUCUUCUCUCAGCGGCUCUGCGACUUUCGCAAUCACCGGAGAUGGGUUUAUUGCGAAAGAUAUUGGAUUCCAGAACACGGCGGGGCCGGGAGCGCAACAAGCCGUGGCUUUAAUGGUAGCUUCCGACCACUCCGUUUUCUACCGGUGCAGCAUUUCCGGUUACCAAGACACGCUCUACGCGCUCUCCCUCCGCCAGUUCUACCGGGAGUGCGACAUCUCCGGCACCGUGGAUUUCAUCUUCGGGAACGCCGCCGCAGUUUUCCAGGCCUGCAAUCUGCUGCUCCGCCGUCCCCGCUCCUACAACGUUAUCCUGGCCAACGGGAGGACUGAUCCGGGCCAAAACACCGGGUUCUCGGUUCAGAACUGUAAGAUCACGGCGGGGCCGGAUUUCUCUCCGGCGAAGAAUUCGUAUCUGGGCCGGCCCUGGAAACCGUACUCGAGAGCGGUGGUGAUGGAAUCGGAAAUCGACGGCGCGAUAUCGGCGAGAGGGUGGAUUGAGUGGCCCGGAACGUCGUCGUCCUCCCUCAGGGAGCUUUUUUUUGGGGAAUACGCGAACGUCGGGGCUAGAGGCGGGUUGGGUGGGAGAGUCGGGUGGCCCGGUUUUCAUGCCAUGGGGAAAGAAGAGGCCGAGAAAUUCACGGUGGUGAAGUUCCUCGACGGCAAUUCGUGGCUGCCUUCCACCGGAAUCAAUUUCGUCCCCGGGCUGUAAUAACUCAAUUCUACGGCGGAAUUCAUUUAAUUAUGAAUGCGAUUAGAUUAAU